GCUUCAGCAGUUCGCUCCAUGAGCGGAAGGCCGCACCAGAUGCAGCCAGAAAUGCUGCAGAAACCUCAUCUUCACGAGACCUUCUUUAGCCUGAGAAAUGCACCUCAAGAAAGGCCUCUCUCGGUAGCUACCGAGUUUAUGGAGUCUGACUUUGACGACGACGAGAUUCUCAGCGACGUGGAGAAUGGUGAUAACUCACCCAGAUUGAGUUCUGGCCAACCAAGUUUUACAACCCUUUCAUCAUAUGAUGAGGUCCAAACUCCGAGAACAACUCAUGCUAGAUCAGCGUUCCACUUUGACACGGGCUCGCUGAAGCAAGUUGAAGGACCGAGGGGACCACACCUCUUUAGGAGUGGAAGUAUCUCAUCACACUCGAUAGAAUUUCAGCAUGCGCUUUCGUUGUCUCCAAUUACGCCAAAAGUAGCAACACAAGGGCAACUGCCAGUUACGUUAGAUCUCACACCACUGCCGAACAAGAGACGCACGCCUGGCCCUUUCAAAUUCACCUCCAAGGACCUUGACACAUGCGACCUGGCCAACUGGAGUCCCGAGAUGGUUGCGCAGCAGAUGCUCGACUCGGGUAUCGAAAUGAACCUGGCCGAAAAGUUUGUGGAGAAUGAUAUCACCGGCGCCAUCCUCAUCACACUCAGGUUCGAGGAUCUCGUCGAGUUGGGCAUACAAUCUUUUGGGGCCAGGACCAAGAUAUGGAACGAGAUGCACAGGAUGAUGAAUAUCCGUGCCGCCUCGCCCAGGCCAGAGACACCGAUCGAGGAUGAGCCCGACAAGGAGGUCAGGAGGGAACAGCGAGAGACUGAUGGUGCCGACAAGCCGAAGCGCAAGCCUAGCAGGAGGAGAAAGCCCAGCCAGGAGGACAUAAUCUCGCCGCUCGAAUCCGUAUCCAUUGUAGGUAUCGAGCAGAUGAUGCCCAAGCCGCACCACUGCAAGAAGGGAGAGAACUGCUCCAAAUGGAGGCGCAACCAACGCAUGAUCGAGGCGUUCAAGAAGGACCACCCCUUUGUCGACAUGGACAAGGGCGGGGUCAUCAUGGUCGCUGGCGACCCUGGCAACCCAUUGACGGCCGAAGCCCUCAACCACCGGGAGCCAGAGCCUUACCGCCCAACAUCAGAUGCUAUUCCCUCCGUCGUGGGCAUCGCGUCCGUGGUGGCGUCCUCGGACAUUAUGGGUACCGAUGGGAUGCCACCACUACAGUAUUUGCAGGAGGCAUCUCUGCGCAGCAUUCAGUCUCGGGACCCGCAAGACAAUGUGAGACAGUUCCUCAGCUUCCAAAACAACCUCGACGCUGGGUCGAGUGAAGUACCCCCGACCCCACCGUUUGAGCUUUACCCUCAACAACACCACCACCAGCCUCGCGAGGCCCUGCGGGCUCUCCCGAAGCUUUCCAUCCCCGGCCAGCAGCCAAAGACGUUUUUGCACCCUCCAUCGGCUAUUACGCCUCGUGUACAGCAACAGCAGUACCAUGAGCGCAGCAAUUCGGCUGGCUCGACGCCAGAAGCCACACCGACUGCCAUCUACCGCUUUGGCACUCCAUUCUCGGACAUGGACGUACCAGUCACUGCCGUGCCGCUCGGCCCCGUGGCCCGCGACACAUCUCAGUCCGUCCCCCCUAAUAUGAAUUUCAGGUCACCCAUCGCCGGACCCCAGCGCUCUGCCUCGCGUGCCUCCCGGCGACCUUCGUUCCCCGUGAUGCCCGCACUGGCAGAGAACCAGGUGACCAUCAUCGAGUCCCCGCCGCGGCACAAGAAGCCCUCGUCGCCGCUCAAGGGCGGCACCGUCAUGACUCAAAGGCAGAUCCAGGCGCCACCCCGCGUGCAGUACCCCUGGAGUACGGAGCGCGACUUCGAAAAGGCCAUCGCCCCGGCUCCCGGCUCGGCGCUGUCGUCGACGGGCACGGCGACGGUCGCGAGCCGGGUGGGGACGUCGCACGACGCCGAGGGCGUGACCCACGCCGGGACGAUGCGCAAGCGCAAGACGCGCAUGCUCCGGCACGAGUGGCACGAGCACUACUUCACGCUCAAGGGCACGCGGCUCAACAUGCACCGCGACGCGGCCGACCUCGGCCGCACGCUCGAGUACGUCGACAUUGACGACUACGCCAUCGCCUGCUCGAGCCUCGCGGGAGGCGGCAAGCUCAACGCCGCCUUCCGAGCCAUGAACAUCCGCCGCGGCAGCGCCGGGGACGACGUCGGCGCCUUUAGCUUCCAGCUCAUCCCGCAGGACCCGCGCGGCGGCGUCCGUCUUCUGCGCAAGCGAGAGAGCCUCAACCCUUCAGCCCCGGCCCCGCCGCCCGGCGAAGGCGUCAACGGCACAGGCAAAUCGCACCACUUUGCCGUCAAGAGCCGUGACGACCGCAUCGAUUGGAUGCGGGAGCUGAUGCUCGCCAAGGCGCUGAAGCAGAAGGGCGAGGGAUUCGAGGUUAGCGUGAACGGGAACAUGAUUUGA